GGUUUGUUCAUGCGCCUUGCCCGCGAUGGCGGACGAUGCGAUUCGCUACGAGAGCUACAAAGGCGAGGAGCAGCUGCCGCUGGUGAUGAGUCUCGUCGACAGCGAGCUGAGCGAGCCCUAUUCCAUCUUCACGUAUCGGUAUUUCAUCACUUUGUGGCCAAAUCUCUGUUACCUGGCUUUCGACAAGGACAAAUGCGUGGGCACUAUAGUGUGCAAGAUGGGGCACCAUAGAAACUCCUUUCGCGGUUACAUUGCAAUGCUGGUGGUGAUCACGGCGUACCGAGGCAAAGGCAUAGCCACGGAGCUUGUGACGAGGUGCGUAUCGGUGAUGCGGGACUCAGGGUGUGACGAGGUGGCGCUCGAGGCAGAAGUGAGCAACGUAGGAGCACUCGCGUUGUAUGGAAAUCUCGGUUUCCUGCGAGCCAAGCGGCUGGACAAGUACUACCUCAACGGAGUCGACGCCUUCCGCUUGAAGCUGCGGUUUCCCAGGCCCGAUUCAGCGCUACUGGACGAAGCCGAGCAGUCUUACGAAGUUUACAGCGACGACCACUCGCACUCGCACUCGUGCUGUUCUCACGACCAUCACCAUCACUCGCACGGCCAUCACCAUCACGGUCACGAAAUCGAGGAGCACGGACAUGGACACUGCUCGCAUCACCACCACCACGGCCACGAACACCCGGGCUGCUGCUAGUCGUGCUGCCAAUACAAGUGUCGAGGACUUCGUGCUGCGUUGCGUUGCAUUGCUUUGCGUUUAGCAGCGCCAGGCAGAGGCUGCAAACAGGGUACGCGACUGCCAACCGAGCGUCAGGCAACCGGC